GGGCUCAGUCUCCCAGUAGCCGAACAGCAGCGAGGUUCGUUCUCCUUCAGUUGAUAUCAUUGUUCGCCAACGAUCACACUUGUUUGCCCGCUUACUUUACGCAAUCUCGCGUGGUAGACUGUGGUUUCACUUUUCGAUAGUGUACGAUAGUUUGUUCUCAAAAGCACGAAACUCGGCCGGCGCAGCUACAAGGUUAUAUCACGGCAGCUCAGCAUGUCAACAGAGACACUGGACCAAUAGAAGAUAUUGUGUGUGGUGUGCAUGUUUUGAUUGGAUAUUGAAGAAAAAGGUUGAUCUUUUUUUAUAUUUACGCAUGGAAAUUUAACGGAAAACGUGCAAAUGUCUGUGGCCGUCGAUCGUGCAUUGGAUCAAUAAACCGAGCAAGUGAAUCGUUAUCAAAUUAUGGUGCUUUCCAAAAAAAUCAAUUCGAACACCACAGCAUUCGAGAAAGAUAAAUAGGGGAAACACAAUGUGCAAGUUUUAAUUGCAAACUGUAUUUGUAUUCGUGUAAACUAAUUGUAAUUUGGUUACCAAUGAGUCCGGUAUGGUUCAUGGUGAAUCAGAAAGAUUACAUCAGAAAGUUAUUAGUGUGAAGUAACAACCCAUUGUCUGUAGACGUUCGAUUUAGUUGUUCAAACAGAGUGCAUUACCCACUGCAGAUAAGCGGAGAUCACCUAUCCUGACCGUCCGGUCGUUGCAUGUAAAACGGAUUGAUAGUGCGAGGGUAAAUUUCAAUUUGCUCGGAGCUACACAUCCAGCAGAAAGCAGUUUGCAGACCACAUUAGAUAGUGAAACAACGGCAGCCAACAUUUAGCGAUAAGCCAAAAUGGUUUCAACGCGGUUCGAGGUAUCGAGCUCACCGCCUAUACGAUACCCAAAAUCCAUAUUUUUCAUUAUCAGCAAUGAAUUUAGCGAACGGUUUAACUACUAUGGUAUGCGAACUGUUUUGGCUCUAUACCUCACCCAAAAGCUCAACUACGACGACGAUACGGCCACCGUGAUAUAUCACGUUUUUACCAGUUUAGCCUAUUUCUUUCCCCUGAUGGGAGCCAUCCUUGCCGACAGCUUUCUGGGCAAAUUUAAAACGAUCUUGUACCUGUCUAUCGUAUACUGCAUAGGAAGUACGCUGAUUGCCAUGGGAGCAAUACCGCCUCUCAACCUCCCCGCCACAUCGAUGACCGUCAUGGGUUUGUUGUUCAUUGCGGUCGGAUCCGGCGGUAUAAAGCCAUGUGUAUCGGCUUUCGGAGGUGAUCAAUUCAAACUUCCUGAGCAGGCAGUGCAACUGGCAAAGUUUUUCUCUUUGUUCUACUUCGCCAUCAAUGCUGGCUCUCUGAUAUCAACCACAUUAACGCCAAUUCUUCGAGAAGACAUCCAUUGCUUCAAAGAAACCGAUUGUUUCUCGCUUGCAUUUGGCGUACCGGCGGUACUGAUGAUCUUCUCCAUCUUGAUAUUUGUGAGUGGUAAAUCAAUGUACUCCAUCAAAAAGCCGGCUGGUAACAUGGUUGUUUUAGUAUUCAAAUGUGUUGGGAAUGCACUGUCAACGAAAGUUAAGGAACAGGAAGAUAAUCCAAAGUCUCAUUGGUUGGAUUAUGCCGAAACAAAGUAUGGAAGACAAAUCGUGGCAGAUAUAAAAUCACUCAUGAAGAUUUUGGUUUUGUACAUUCCACUGCCCGUUUUUUGGGCACUUUUUGAUCAGCAGGGAUCUCGAUGGACAUUCCAGGCUACGAGGAUGAACGGUGAAAUUGGAGCAUUUACAAUUAAACCCGAUCAAAUGCAAGUCAUCAAUCCAUUGCUGAUUCUAGCAUUUAUUCCCUUCUUUGAAGGCUUAGUUUAUCCUGUCCUAGAAAAAAUCGGCAUUCGCACUCCCUUGCAAAAGCUCUCGUUCGGAGGAAUUUUAGCAGGUGCAGCAUUUGUUUUAUCAGGAUUUGUGGAGAUCGCGCUGAACGAAACAAACGCAAUUAUGCCCACUCCUAUGGAAUCUCAACUUAGAAUAUACAACGGUCUACCGUGUGAUUAUCAUUUCAAGUCCGAUAUACCAGACUUCCAAAACUUCACCGUGCAAUCAAUCGGCGCCUUCGAGGCCAUUCACGUAAACACCAUGCAGAACACGACAUUCCACUUCACGGCGGAAACAACUGAGAGUUUUUGCGUAAAAGCCAACAUGUCGAACAUUUCCGGCACCUUCUAUCUGAAUCCGGGAAAUGCAGUCAGUUACUUCAUAACUCAAAAAGCGAACAAAGUUAAUCUCGUCGAGUAUGCGGAUACGGCGGAAAAAGACAAACGAGGACUACCCCGAUUGCGAAUCUUAGCCAACAUAAAAGCCACUAGGAAGGUGCUGCUGAAGAAUAACUGGAAUGACGACUUCCAGUACAACGUUUCGCUGAACACCUACGAUCAGUUUUCAGUUGCGGAUGGCGAGUACGACUUGUACAGUGAUAAUGGAACUAGAAAAAUUGCUUCUGUGAAGCUUGAACUAGGAGGAGUUUACACAGUUCUACUGCAUGAAGUUUUGGAGAACGAAUUUAAACUUCAAAGACACACCGUAACUCCCUCCAACUCUCUGCACAUGCUCUGGCUGGUGCCCCAGUACGUGGUCAUUACCGCUGGAGAAGUGAUGUUCUCGAUCACUGGUCUACAGUUCUCGUACUCGCAAGCGCCAGAAAGUAUGAAGUCCGUUAUUCAGGCCUUUUGGUUGUUAACGGUCGCCAUCGGUAACAUGCUGGUCGUGUUCAUUGCCGAAGCGAAAUUUGUCGAAUCUCAAUCGGUCGAGUUCUUCUUGUUUGCGGUGCUGAUGUUCCUGGAUAUGGGGCUCUUUAUGAUCCUGGCAGCACGCUAUCAGUAUACGGAACACGACGCAAAGGAUAUUGAAACGGGUGAUAUUAAGAAACCAGAUCUGGAUAAGAUGGACGGCGUUCCGUCGAAGCUCGACCAAGGUCCACUGGAGAGAGGCUUGGAACCGCCCAAAGCAGCCUACACGAAUGAGGCGUACCGGGAAGACUGAGUGCUGUGAAAUUUAGUAUCUAGGAAAUGUUCUCUCUUUUUGUUUACAGUAUUUUAACCUGUCUAAUUAUGUGAAAAUAUCUAAAUUACAAUUGUCGAUGUAAUUUGCUUGUAUUAGGAUUUCUUUAAUUUAAAGAAAAUACAUGUUUAGGAAACGAAUAAAUAAAAACUCAAUUA